CUCCCUUACCCUCUCCCUUUCAUACGGGUUGCUUGCAUGCUUCCUUUCCCUCGUUUUCUGCUGUCUUUCUUUUUAUCUCCCGCUAUUUUUCCCCCUCAGUUCCCAUUUCGGCAUUUCCCAAAGACGCCCAGAUCUCCCCCCAUUCCCUUCUUUCCCUCCAAACCUUUCGAUCUAGCCGGCCUGGCUGAUGUCGGGCACCAGAGCUCCUCCCGCCGCUGCUAGCCCAUCGGAGCAGAUCAUGCGGCGCCAACUUCCCCUCUCCACCAUGAAGCCGCCCUUUGCCGCCUCCGUUGAUUACCACCGCUUUGCCCCCGACCACCUCCACCACAAUCGCCGAACUGUUGACCACGAACCCGAAGCCAUCGUUGUUAAGUCUUCCCAAUUGAAGCGGAAGAGUAACACAACAGAUUUUGAAGCUGAUUCUGGUGAUAGGGUGAAUCAUGUAUCCAUGGGAGCAGCUAAUAAUCCUUUUCAGACCCCUAAAUCUGGAAAAAUAGGGAAGGGUGGCAAAUCCUCCAGGCUUACCAAAUGCAACAGAUCUGGACCUCAAACCCCAGGUCCAAAUAUUGCAGGAUCUCCUUCAGGAAAUAAUCUCACUCCUGUUGGCCCAUGUCGCUAUGACAGCUCUUUAGGUCUGUUGACAAAGAAGUUCAUCAAUUUGAUCAAGCAAGCAGAGGAUGGUAUUCUUGAUUUGAAUAAAGCUGCUGACACAUUAGAGGUACAGAAGAGGAGAAUAUAUGACAUAACAAAUGUUCUCGAAGGGAUUGGCCUUAUAGAAAAGAAACUAAAAAACAGAAUUCAAUGGAAAGGACUUGAUGUUUCAAGACCAGGAGAGCCUGAAGAUAGUUUUUCUAGUUUACAGGCAGAAGUUGAAAACCUUACCAUGAAGGAGUGCCGGUUAGAUGAACAAAUAAGGGAGAUGCAAGAAAGACUAAGUGACCUUAGUGAAAAUGAAAAUAGUGAAAAAUUGCUUUUCGUCACUGAGGAAGAUAUAAAGAACUUGCCCUGCUUCCAGAAUGAAACCUUGAUUGCAAUUAAAGCUCCACAUGGCACCACUCUGGAGGUUUCAGAUCCUGAUGAGGCUGUUGAUUAUCCCCAGAGGAGAUACAGGAUAGUCCUGAGAAGCACCAUGGGCCCAAUAGAUGUUUACCUUGUUAGUCAGUUUGAAGAGAAGUUUGAGGAGAUUAAUGGUGCAGAUGUUGCACCCGAAUUUCAACCGACUCCAGAAUUUAAAAACCAUGAACCAACUGUGGUUGUAGAGGAUAACGGGAGAGACAUUGCAGUGCAGGGACAAGAUGGUCAAAUACCUAGUUCUGAUUUUACUUCUACACAAGACUUUGUGAGUGGGAUCGUGAAAAUUGUUCCUUCAGAUGUUGAUAGCCAUGCUGACUACUGGCUUUUAUCAGAUGCUGAUGUUAGCAUAACAGACAUGUGGAGAACAGAAUCUGGUGUCCAAUGGAAUGAACUGGGUACUCUUCAAGAUGAUUUUUGUACAACUCGCGAGCAUGCUAUAACUCUAACACAUACUUCGAAUGUAAAUGAAGCAUCUACUGCAGCAUCAAACCCUGCUGGGGGCUGAAGCCUCAAAAGGAUAUGUUGUGAAUCUAAAGGGACUGUGUUCUUUGUUUCCGUUGUGAACCUAUGACAUCCAGCUAUCUCUAUCCUCUUCAACAUGGCCCUGGAAGUUGGAUUGUAGGAUCCAAUGAAGAUUUUUCUCCGAGUUUCUCUCCAAGUUCAUCCCAGGAAUUGAGUUCACACGGGCUCAUUGUACAGUUAAUAUUACAUAUUCUAAACGGCCAUGUUCAACAAAACAAGAAAAGAGGUCAUGAGGUGUUUCCAAAACCCACCCUUGUAUUUUAUUGUAAGCAUUGAUUAGGGGGGUAAAUGGCUUUGUAGUUUGUAUCGUCUAAUGUUUGGUUAGCAAUAUAAUCACACUCCGAGGUACAGAUUCAAAUGUAA